AUGGGCUUCGAGCUGGAUCGGUUCAUCGGGGAGGUGGACCCCGACCUGAAGUGCAAUCUGUGCAACAAGGUGCUGGAGGACCCGCUCACCACGCCGUGCGGGCACGUGUUCUGCGCCGGCUGCGUCCUGCCGUGGGUCGUGCAGCAGGGCAGCUGCCCGGUGAAGUGCCAGCGCAUCUCCACCAAGGAGCUCAACCACGUCCUGCCGCUGAAGAGCCUCAUCCUCAAGCUGGACAUCAGGUGCGCCAACCGGGCGCGGGGCUGCGACCGCGUGGUCAAGCUGCAGCACCUGGCCGAGCACGCCGGGAUGUGCGGCUUCUCGGAGGCCAGGUGCCGCCACAAGGGCUGCGCCGAGGUGCUCAACCUGCGCGACGUGGACGCGCACAUGCGCGAGAGCUGCGAGGCGCGCCCGGUGGGCCUGUGCGAGCGCGGCUGCGGCUUGGUGCUCACCCACCGCGAGCAGCGCGCCGGCUCGCACUGCUGCCUGCAGGCGCUCAAGGCGCACAACGGCGCCCUCCAGGCCCAGCUGGCCGGCCUCGAGAAGGAGCUCAAGAAGGAGGCGCUGCGGGCCGGCAAGCGGGAGAAGUCGCUGCUCUCGCAGCUCUCGGCCGUCCAGCUCGAGCUCCAGAUGACAGCGCUGCGCUACCAGAAGAAGUUCACCGAGUACAGCGCCCGCCUCGACUCGCUCAGCCGCAGCCUGGCCGCCUCCUCGCCCAGCAAGGGUGAAGAGGCUAAAGCACUGACCCUUGUUCUUCAUCGUGAUUCUGGCUCUCUUGGAUUUAAUAUAAUUGGUGGCCGGCCAUGCAUGGACAAUCAAGAUGGCCCAUCUAGUGAAGGAAUUUUUGUGUCUAAAAUAGCCGACAGCGGGCCUGCUGCCAAAGAAGGAGGUCUGCAGAUUCAUGACCGGAUUAUCGAAGUAAAUGGGAAAGAUUUAUCGAAAGCAACCCAUGAGCAAGCAGUAGAAGCUUUCAAAACAGCGAAAGACCCCAUUGUAGUGCAAGUCCUGAGGAGAGCACCUCGCACCAAGAUCUUCAGCCCUUCUCAUGAAUGUCUCCUGGUAGAUAUGGGCACCCAGACAGAUAUCACCUUUGAACAUAUCAUGGCCCUGACAAAGAUGGGCUCACCAACCCCGCCAGUUACAGUACUGGAUCCGUAUCUCUUGCCAGAGGAGCAUUCAUCAGGACAUGAAUACUAUGAUCCAAAUGAUUACAUGGGAGGCAUUCAUCAAGAAAUGGACAGAGAGGAGCUAGAAUUAGAGGAAGUAGAUUUGCAUCGAGUGAACAGCCAGGACAAGUUUGGACUUACGGUGUGCUACAGAACUGAUGAUGAAGAUGAUAUUGGCAUUUAUAUCAGUGAGAUUGAUCCCAACAGCAUUGCUGCGAAGGAUGGUCGCAUCAGAGAAGGCGAUCGGAUCAUUCAAAUUAAUGGCAUUGAGAUACAAAAUCGAGAGGAAGCUGUGGCACUUCUCACCAGUGAAGAAAGCAAGAAUGUUUCCUUGCUCAUAGCAAGACCAGAAAUCCUCCAGUUGGACGAAGGAUGGAUGGAUGAUGACAGAAAUGAUUUUCUGGAUGAUUUGCACAUGGACAUGCUGGAGGAGCAGCACCAUCAGGCAAUGCAGUUCACCGCCAGCAUGCUGCAGCAGAAAAAGAAAAAUGAAGAGGAUGGUGGCACCACAGAUACUGCAACCAUUUUAUCAAACCAGCUCGAAAAAGACAGUGGUGUAGGACGUACUGAUGAAAGCACUCGAAACGAUGAAAGCUCAGAACAAGAGAACAAUGCUGAUGAUCAUACAACUUCCUCAAACACCCUUGGGAGCCAGAAGAAGCUAACAUACAGCCAUGACACUUUGGGCAGUGGCGACAUGCAGUUCAGCAACGAGUCAUUUAUUUCCGCCGACUGCACGGAUGCAGACUUCCUUGGCAUCCCGGUGGAUGAGUGCGAGAGGUUUCGUGAACUGCUGGAACUGAAAUGCCAGGUGAAGUCCACCAACCCGUAUGGACUGUACUACCACAACAGUACUCUGGAUAUGAGCAAAAGUGACCAUGAAAGCGUGGACAGGGAGCUGGAGAUGCUGAAUGAGGAGCUGCGUAAUAUUGAGCUGGAGUGCCUCAACAUUGUGAGGGCCCACAAGAUGCAGCAGCUGAAAGAGCAGUACCGGGAGCCGUGGAUGCUGCACAACAGUGGCUUUCGCAACUACAACACGAGCAUUGACGUCCGCCGACACGAGCUGUCGGACAUCACCGAACUGCCCGAAAAAUCAGACAAGGACAGCUCCAGUGCCUACAACACAGGCGAGAGUUGCCGAAGCACCCCUCUCACCCUGGAGAUCUCCCCCAACAACUCCCUUUGCAGGACAGCAGAAGGUCUCAAUUUGCAAGGCAGUGAAGGGGCAGAAGCCGCUCAGAAAGGUUUGCUGCCCAGCCCUGAAAGCCAUGAAUCCAGUACAGUGAAAUCACUCCCAAAUGACGCUGACAUUAGCAAGCAGUUGGAAAUCAAGGAGAGGAAAGCCAGUGAUGGAAGCAAAAGCCCAGCUCAACCCCAGAAGCCAGGAGGCUCCUACUUGUCUUCCUACCAGCACUCACCAUAUAAACAUGCCCAUAUCCCUGCCCAUGCCCAACAUUACCAGAGUUAUAUGCAGUUGAUACAACAGAAGUCAGCCGUGGAAUAUGCACAGAGCCAGAUGAGCUUGGUGAGCAUGUGCAAAGACUUGAACUCCUCCAGCCAGAGUGAACCCAGGAUGGAAUGGAAAGUCAAGGUCAGGAGUGAUGGGACCCGCUACAUUACGAAGAGGCCAGUGAGGGACAGGUUGCUGAGAGAGCGCGCCAUCAAGAUCAAGGAAGAGCGCAGCGGCAUGACCACAGAUGAUGAUGCCAUAAGUGAGCUGAAGAUGGGCCGUUACUGGAGUAAGGAAGAGCGGAAGCAGCAUGUCGUGAAAGCCAAGGAGCAGAGGAAAAGGCGUGAGUUUAUGAUGCAGAGCAGGUUAGAAUGUUUAAAGGAGCAGCAAGGAGCCGAGGAGAAGAAGGAAAUGAAUAUCAUAGAACUGAGCCACAAAAAAAUGAUGAAGAAAAGGAAUAAAAAGAUAUUUGACAAUUGGAUGACAAUCCAAGAACUCCUAACUCAUGGCACAAAGUCACCUGAUGGCACAAAAGUUUACAACUCCUUCCUGUCGGUGACGACAGUAUAAUCUCCCUGUGACAAAUCUAUGUACAUAAAACCCUACCGUUGGGGUAGAGAUUCCUGCCUCGUUAAAUGUGGCAACACUUUUUCGUUUUGUAUAUAAGACACAUCCAUUGACUGUGUGAUUCAACUACCAAACUCUGGGUGCAAAUGUUCUCAAAAAGGAGAGAAACCAUAAUCCACCCAAAAUCUUUAAGGCAAUACUGAACAGGACAGAGCUUAUUUGGAAUACCAAUAGUACCCUUUUUUUGUAACUUGUUACCCUUUUACAUAAAGUCUUUUAAAUAACAGGAAAAGCAUAUUAAUCAUACUUACACAGGUAAUAUCUUUUUAAGCUAUAUUCAUAUUUAAAAAAGGUUACACAUGCAGAAUCACAAAGACAACUUCAAAUAUGUAUUUUUAACAAGACAGUAUUUUGCAAUAUAUCUUUCUACUGUGCCCUUUUUCAGCACAAGUUGCCAUUUUAUCAAUAUUUUAGCUGAACUUCCAAUCUCUUGAUAGAAUCAUUUCACAGUAACAUGAACCUUUUACCAACCUGGGCUGUGUCUUUGGUGUUGUCCAUGCAGACCAUUCGGCCUUCUGGCAUGCGAUGCCUGCCCCAGGUAAUCCACCAAGCUAAAAAAGUAGCUUUAUAUGGUGACCCAUCAUGUGCUCAGCAAAUGAUCUCUGAUUUUGAUCUCUGAUUAGGAGGACAACAUAAAAAAGGAGGGUUACCAACCAAACGAGAUACACUGCUUGGUCUGGUUGGUGUUGAAAUUUGUGUGUGAUUGCUGCAAAUGUCUAGGUAGCUAUAGCUCUAGUUCAAAGCGGUAGCCAUAAUGAACCUCUGAGAUAAGAUAUUUAUCAUCUCUCACAAUUAGCUAUGUUGGCUAGGGGCGAUGGGACGUGCAGGCCAAACCCCUUGGAGGCCACAAAUGGCGCCCCACAACACACACACACACACACAGCCUCCCACCAAAGCAAGCAGUACAGGGAGAGAGGUCACCUCGGCACUAAACACAGUGUGGACACAAUUCCUUAGGGUUCUAGCUUGCAGCUACACACUUGUUCUUUUCUCUCUGUGGUUUCCGAAGGAUGUUUGCAGGUCUCACUUGAAAGAGCAGAAGCAAAGUGCUGCAUGCUGCAGCCCCGAAAGAUUUUGAAGCAAGUUUGCCAAGGCUGCGGCCUCUCGAAAGAAUGUGCAUGUGUGUCUAAUGUUUUUACAAGGCCGUUUGUGUAAUUUGAAAUGCCCAUUGUAGUAGCUGUCUGCUUUGUAGAUUUGAAUGUAUUGAAAUUGAGAGCAGCUCUCAUGAAAUCAUGACUAGUUAUUAACAAGUAAAAUGAAGUUAAAAAAUAAAUUAUUGUUUUAUAUUUCAAAUCC